AUGACCUCUCCUCCUCCUCUUUCUAACUCUCCACUACGCAGACUAUCAUACGGCUCAUACGACGGAUCCUCAGAUGGGCCUUCACUUGAAGACCGAGAAGCCGUGCUCUCUUUAAACCUCAAAGAUGAUUAUCUACUUCCACAUUCACUCGACGAUAUUGGUAUAGACAAUCAAAGGCGUGAAAUUCUCGUCCGUGAUUCAAGUAAUCUUAGAGAAGAUGACGAGAAAAGAAUAAACGAAGUUAUUGGAUUCUAUAAAGAAAAAUAUAAGACGAAAUAUCGAUCCAGGUAUAAGUGGAAGUAUAGAGAGCUGCUUAAACAUAUGGAGGCGAAGGAAGAUAAAGCUGCUGGAACUAGGGACAAGGACUUUGAUCUAUUUGGUUCGAGUGCCAGGUAUGGUUUUCAGGAACAAGGGGAGAGACCUGCGGGGUAUCAAAUAAGAAUACGUAAAGGUAAUUAG